AUUCAGUGGUCGUGCGAUGGAUCAAUACCCAACAGAGGAAGAAGAGUUUGAGCUGGUGUACGGCGAUGAUCUCGAAGCCAUGGACGAAAUGGACGAUGGUCCACCAACGGAUAUGGUGAACGGUACGCUUGUGCCAAGUACACCAUCAAAUGGGUCUUCUAGCAGAGGUCCGAGGGCUUCAACUUCCUGCUCCAACUAUCAGACACCGAGUCAGUUAGGAACUAUCGACGAAAGUCCACUUGCUAGUCCGGCACUGUCUAUCAUCACUCGUGGCAGUAGCACCGUCCAUAAACGACUUUUCGAUACACCUGGCCCGUCCCAAACAGCACCGAACGGUGGUCGUAAAUAUGGUCUUGCCGCAUCAACACCCUUUCCAGGAGCAGCCACAAAUGCAAACGCUCUUCAAUCAUUGCAACAAAUGGACGCAAACCCACGCAAACGUCGACUUGAGGCACUGUUCGGUGAUAUUCACGACAUCGAAGAGGAACCGUACGAACAGUACGUGUAUUCUUCCCAGAAAAAGACAAAAACCGAAGAAGAGCAGGACAUGGAGCUGAUUGAACGAAUACUGGAAGCACGGCACCGGUACAAUUCGGUUGCAAACCCGUCUAAACCGUCAAUGCUUUCGCGGGCGGAAGCGUUACAUCGGUUCAAGAUGGAUAACAUUUCACUGGAACCACCAAAGUGGCCAUCAAUGACGGUUAUGAGGGACGAUAAAACGAGCGUUUACGUUCGCUUUCAUUCGGAGGAUUUCGAGAAGAAGCAGAUCGAUGAGAUCAACUGUACGAGGGACGGGUUUCAUGGUUUGUUGGGACCCGAGAAGGAACGGAUCUGGCGUGAAGCGAAUGAGAUAGUUGCUAAACGAUUAACGGAACCGACCAACGCUCUGCCCUCCCAAGAGAUAGAGGAAAUCGUUAUACCAACCGAAAGCAACGUGCUUUGGGUAGAAAAGUAUCGUCCGCGUCGUUAUAUUGAUCUGCUUUCCGAUGAAACCACAAACCGCAGCCUUUUGCAGUGGCUGAAACUCUGGGACAAGGUGGUAUUUAACCGGGAGCCGUUAAAAAAGGCAAAAGACACCAAAACACAGAUGAGCAAUUUCAACAAGAAAACGGGUCGCUUCGAGUCGAACGGUGGCUGGGUGAAGGGAGCCCGUAAAGCACGCGGAGCCACCCUCAACACGGAGCUAGACGAACACGGUUGUCCAGUUCAGAAGGUGGCCUUACUGUGUGGACCUCCGGGGUUGGGAAAAACCACACUUGCUCACACAAUUGCUCGGCACGCAGGGUACGCCAUAAGGGAGGUAAAUGCGUCCGAUGAUCGUAGUCCGGAUGCGUUCCGGUUGGUGCUGGAAAAUGGAACACAGAUGAAAUCGGUAUUGAACGAGGAAAACCGACCGAACUGUAUCGUGCUCGAUGAAAUCGAUGGUGCACCGGUAGCGGCCAUUGAGUUUUUGCUACGAUUUAUAGCAGGCACCGCUGGUUUACCGCAGAAAUCCGGAGGUCCAAAGAAAGUGGGCAAAGCUGGUCGCGAUAAAUUUGUGCUGAAGCGUCCGAUUAUCUGCAUUUGUAACGAUAUGUAUGCACCGGCACUGCGACAGUUGCGACAGGUUGCAUAUGUGGUGAACUUUCCACCAACGGAAUGUGCUCGACUAGCGGAACGCUUGCUCGUGAUUGCGAAAAAGGAACAGAUAACAACAGAUCUUACCUCGAUGCUGGCGCUGGCAGAAAAGACCGGAAACGAUGUACGGGCCUGCCUUUCGAUGUUGCAGUUCUUCGCCUGCAUGAAAAAACCGAUCCGACUCACGGACGUACUCAAGUGUAACGUUGGCCAAAAGGAUCGUCAUAAAGGACUCUUCAGCAUAUGGUCAUCAAUAUUCCAGAUAACACGUCCAAAGAAAACGAUUACCUUUGAUCCGAACGCCACAGUCACAGAAAUGGUUACGCUAACCGAUAUGUCCGCCUCGACGCGUAUGUCCAACGUACUUCAGGUCGUCACAAUGGCCGGUGACUAUGAACGACUAAUGCAGGGUGUGUACGAAAACUAUCUGCAUCAAAAGAUGCCCGAUGCGGACAUGUGCGGUGUGGCCGAGGCAACGGAAUGGUUUAGCUUCAACGAUCGGUUACAGCGUACGGUGAAUCAGCUACAGAACUACGCCAUCUAUCCGUAUCUAGCGUACGCGUUCGUUAUGUGGCACUACCUGUUUGCAACGCUCGCCUGGCCAAAAAUCAAUUUUCCCAGCAAGGGCUUCGAACAUUCGCAAAAACUGGCCAGUACAAAGUUGAUUCUAACCGGACUGCGGAAAGGAUUGUCCGCACAAAUGAAAGGCAUUGGCGAGGGUGCAGCGGUGCUAAUCGAUACGAUACCGAUGCUGAAGCGUGUCAUCAAUCCGUCCCUGCGAUCGGUUUCUCUGCAGCUUCUAUCCCAGAAAGAAAAAUCCGACCUCACGCACACGGUGCAAGUGAUGGCUGAUUUUGGGCUGAACUACAUCCAGCUUAAAACGCCCGAAGGAACGUAUCAAUAUCAGCUGAAUCCGGAUCUUGAUCAGUUGUGCUGCUUCAGCGGAACGGCCGGCCAAAGCUCCACCUACUUCGGCAAGCAGAUCGUGGCACGUGAGGUCGAGCUGGAGCAAAUGCGUCGAGCACAACCGAAACUGUUGGUAGCGGGAAAGAACGCUGGCACUGCCGCUAGUACCAGCUCCUCCAGCACGAAAGUUAGCUCCAGCAAAGCUUUAUCAAACGGUGGACACAAAGAGAAUGCAGUACCGCCGAUGGAGAAGCCAAGCAGGGCCGCCUCAACGUCAUCGCAUGAGCUGCCAAAUCAUCUGCGCACACUGAAGCCGAAGCAAAUUGUGCAGAAAACGAAGCAAGUGAUUUCGAAGGACUUUUUCGGGCGGAUCUGCACAAAGGAAACGGCACUGUCGGUGAAGGAGGGUGGAACUGAUGCGAUUGUAAAGAGUCCAAUUUGGUACCGGUACAAGGAAGGAUACAACAACGCAGUACGUAAAGAUGUAACUCUACAAGACUUAAUGUGAAGUGAA